GGUUGCUCAGUCCUCGAGGCGUCGGUGCUCUGUAGUGUUGGAACCUUGUUGCUUGUCGGCCUGUGCGCGCGUGCGCGGACAUGGCCUCAAACGACUAUACCCAACAAGCAACCCAAAGCUAUGGGGCCUACCCAACUCAGCCUGGGCAAGGCUACUCACAGCAGAGCAGUCAACCCUACGGGCAGCAGAGUUACGGUGGCUAUGGCCAGUCUGCGGACACUUCGGGCUAUGGCCAGAGCAGCUACGGUGGUUCUUACGGACAGACCCAGAAUACAGGCUAUAGCACACAGUCAGCUCCCCAGGGAUAUGGCUCAACUGGUGGCUAUGGCAGUAGCCAGAGUUCUCAGUCGUCUUACGGGCAACAGUCUUCGUACCCUGGCUAUGGCCAGCAGCCAGCUCCUAGCAGCACCUCAGGAAGUUACGGUAGCAGUUCUCAAAGCAGCGGCUAUGGGCAGCCCCAGAGUGGAGGCUAUGGCCAGCAGUCUGGCUAUGGUGGGCAGCAGCAAGGUUAUGGGCAGCAGCAGAGCUAUAACCCGCCUCAGGGCUACGGGCAGCAGAACCAGUACAGUAGUGGUGGUGGCGGCGGCGGAGGGGGUGGUGGAGGUAGCUAUGGCCAAGAUCAGCCCUCCAUGAGCGGUGGUGGCGGCGGCGGUGGUUAUGGCAACCAGGACCAGAGUGGUGGCUACGGGGGAGGCCAGCAGGACCGUGGGGGCCGUGGCCGGGGCGGUGGCGGUGGUUACAACCGCAGCAGUGGUGGCUAUGAACCCAGAGGUCGUGGAGGUGGCCGUGGAGGCAGAGGCGGCAUGGGCGGAAGUGACCGUGGUGGCUUCAAUAAAUUUGGUGGCCCUCGGGACCAAGGAUCACGUCAUGACUCUGAACAGGAUAAUUCAGACAACAACACCAUCUUCGUGCAAGGGCUGGGCGAGAAUGUUACAAUUGAGUCUGUAGCUGAUUACUUCAAGCAGAUUGGUAUCAUUAAGACAAAUAAGAAAACAGGACAGCCCAUGAUUAAUCUGUACACAGACAGGGAAACAGGCAAGCUGAAGGGAGAGGCCACGGUAUCAUUUGAUGAUCCACCUUCCGCCAAAGCAGCUAUUGACUGGUUUGAUGGUAAAGAAUUCUCUGGGAAUCCUAUCAAGGUCUCAUUUGCUACUCGGCGAGCAGACUUCAAUCGGGGUGGUGGCAAUGGUCGUGGAGGCCGAGGGCGAGGAGGACCUAUGGGCCGUGGAGGCUAUGGAGGUGGUGGCAGCGGCGGCGGUGGCCGAGGAGGAUUCCCCGGUGGCGGUGGCGGUGGCGGAGGACAGCAGCGAGCAGGGGACUGGAAGUGUCCUAAUCCUACCUGUGAAAACAUGAACUUCUCUUGGAGGAAUGAAUGUAACCAGUGUAAGGCCCCUAAACCAGAUGGCCCAGGAGGGGGACCAGGAGGCUCUCAUAUGGGGGGUAACUACGGAGAUGAUCGUCGUGGUGGCAGAGGAGGCUAUGAUCGGGGUGGCUACCGAGGCCGAGGAGGGGACCGUGGGGGCUUCCGAGGGGGCCGGGGUGGUGGGGACAGAGGUGGUUUCGGCCCUGGCAAGAUGGACUCCAGGGGUGAGCACAGACAGGAUCGCAGGGAGAGGCCGUACUAGCCUGGCUCCCGAGGCCUUGGAGCAGCUUUCUUCCUGUACCCAGUGUUACUGCCCUCAUUAUUUUGUAACCUUCCACGUCCUGAUCACCCACGGGUUUUUUGUGUCGGACUAUGUAACUGUAACCAUACCUCUGGUUCCCAUUAAAAACCAUCAUUUUAGUUAAAUUUUCUUCCUUUUCCCCCUCUUCACUCUCCUGGAGCGUGGAUGUCCAGGUUAAGAACGUGGGGAGUUUUUCCUCUAUUCAGAUCAACCAACCUGCCUUGUGGGAACUGGAAUAAAUUUGUUUGUUCCCGCUCAGCAGGAACUAGAAUAAAGUGUUUGAUAACUUG